CAACAGUGCGACACACAUUUAGAAAGUUCAUGAAGACGCUGCGUCAAAGUUGACGGUCUGAAUCAAUAACUACUUUUUUUGUGAGAGUUUGUUGAUACGGGAACUAGGCUUCAUUCACAGGAAAACAUCUAGAGAAUGGCAGAAACCGAUGGAAGUCCGUUCGGAGGCUGUUUGGAGAAACUGAAGCUCUACGUGCGAACUCGGAAAGGAACGAUCCUGACCGCAGAAAUACUGCUCAGCUUCAUCAUCCUUAUCUGUUACGCCGCGUCAAUGUAUGGCGGCUAUUCAGCGGUCGCCAUCUGUGAGAUGGUCUUUGCCAUCAUCUUCUUCAUUGUCUUCAUGAUGGAGCUGGACAAACAGUUCCUGGUGGUGAAUUGGCUCUGGAGCGAUCUCAUUCGCGCUGUAAUCGGUGCAGCACUUUAUCUCAUCACCUCUCUGAUCUGUGUGAUCGGGGGAGCUGGGGACGGGGCUCGCAUCGCCGGCGGGGUGUUCGGUCUGGUGGCUGGGAUCUUGUAUGCUUAUGACUCCUACACAAUCUUCUUGGACAUCAAGAGCGGCAGACAGCAUACAGCUGCCCCCACAGGUCGCUGAAGGCCAUCUGUGGGAUGGUUACGACUGACAUUUGGCAUUUGAGCCAAACAGUUAUUCUGACAGACUGGUCUCUCAGCCAAAGCUGUGACGUUUCACACGUCUGCUCUUAAUGUUGUGUUACUGUAACAACUUAACCUGACUAACUAUUCCCCAGUCAUUUAUUCUGCGUCUCCCUUUUUGUUUUCUCUCUUUGUUUUUUAACAGAUGACACAGUUUGACACUACUUUCCUCACUACAACAUUAACAGCAACCAAAACAUGGAGAGCAAGUCUAAAACUGGCAAAAGGAGUGAAUUCCU